GGAAGUCGCCGGCGGCGCGGGCCCCGGUGCUAAGUGCUCUGCCUGGCUGCGGUUAUCAACUCGGGCUGGUCCCGGAGUAGUUCGGUGUGUGUCCCCCGCCUCGCUACGGCUCUCUGAGGUCCCGCCGUCCGCUGCAGGCCACGGGUCCACCUCUCCACCCCUGGCGCUCGGUGACACUCUGCGAUCUGGCACCAGACAGCCCGCGCGCGUGCUGACCCCGCGUCACCCGGGGUCCCUGGUUCAGGUCGCCGCCCACCCCGGGCCCGGCCUGGCUUAGGCGGCGGCCCUUGGAGGGGGCGGGGGGUGGGGUCGGUCCGACUUAUCCUCAACUCUCCCGGAGCAUCUCCACAAAUGGCUUCUCCUUAAGUAGAGGGCAAGCAGCCUAGGCCUCGGGGCCUGGGGAGGAUGGUAACCCUCUGGCGUUUGUCCGUCAGGGUCUGCUUGUCACACUUAAGAUGCUUUGAGUUCGGGAAGGAACUUGGCCUUUCCAGACCCCUGGGGUGCUCUCGCAAUGCCAGACUAUGUUGGUUUCUGCUGGGUACUUUGCCCAAAUUUAUCUCAGCCCAUGGGAAUGUUGGAGAGGGGGCGUCUGGCAGCUUGUGCCAACGAAAGACCCACUGGAGUGACCUGGCUGAAAAUGGACGGGUGGAAGUGACCCAAGCAGGGCCUCUGGGCCGUGUCUUACUGUGUCUCCGCCUAGGGCUCCGCGCUGGCGUUCUCUUGGCGAAAUUCUUCCCCCUCCUGGUCUUGUACCCUCUCACCUACCUGUCUCCUAGCCUCUCCACCCUCUGGCUCCACCUACUUUUGAAAGCCACGGAGACCUCGGGUCCAACAUACAUCAAAUUGGGCCAAUGGGCCGGCACCCGGCGAGAUCUCUUUUCAGAGGCUUUCUGUGUCCAGUUCUCCAAGCUGCAUGUCCAGGUGACCCCCCACCCUUGGGCCCACACGGAAUGCUUACUCCAGCAGGCAUUUGGGGAGGACUGGGGCAGCCUCCUCUUUUUUGAUACCCAGGAACCUGUGGGUUCAGGUUGUGUGGCACAGGUGUACAAAGCAUUCGCUAGCACUGCCUUGCUGGAGGACAGAAUCUGGAGACUUGGGGACCUCUCUGUCCCACAGCUGUCCUCAGGAACCGGGGCAGUCGGGAUGCCGAGACAGCCCUUUGCGAAGGAAUGGAAGCCUUUAGAAAACCUUGCCGAUGAAGCAUUUCUAGAAAAGCUGCUGCUUCCUAAAACUGACCUUGUUAGGUCAGAAGUGGGCACAUCUCAGGUUCCUGGCCAUCCACCUACGUCGGAUCACCUCAUCCCAGUAGCAGUGAAAGUGUUACACCCUGGCUUGCUCACUCAGGUGUACAUGGAUUUACAGCUGAUGAAGAUUGGCAGCCAAGCCCUGGGGCUUUUACCAGGAGUCAAAUGGCUUAGCUUGCCUGAGAUUGUGGAGGAAUUUGAGAAGCUCAUGGUCCAACAGAUAGACCUGCGUUAUGAAGCUCAGAAUCUAGAACACUUUCAGCACAACUUCCAGGACAUGGCGUCUGUGAAAUUCCCCACCCCAAUCCACCCCCUUAUUACUCGGGAUAUCCUGGUGGAAACGUACGAAGAGAGUGUCCCAGUGUCCAGCUACCAGCAGGCAGGAACUCCUGCCGACCUGAAGAGGGAGAUUGCAAGGCUGGGGAUCAACAUGCUUUUGAAGAUGAUAUUUGUGGAUAACUUUGUGCAUGGAGACCUUCACCCUGGGAACAUCCUGGUCCAGGGUGCUGAUGGAUUGUCCCCAAGCCUGGAGACGCAACAGCAGCAGGUGAACGUCCGUGACACACUGGUGGCUACCCUAGCGCCUGCCCUGUGCCCACUGCGUCUGGUGUUGUUGGAUGCUGGCAUUGUGGCAGAGUUGCAGGCUUCAGACCUGAGGAAUUUCCGGGCAGUCUUCUUGGCUGUAGUUCUGGGGCAGGGCCACAGAGUAGCUGAACUCAUCCUGCAUCAUGCCCGGGCCAAUGAGUGCAAGGAUGUGGAAAGGUUCAAGGCUGAGAUGGCUACACUGGUGACCCAGGCCCGGGAGAACACCAUGACACUGGAAAAGCUUCAUGUCUCCAGCCUCCUUUCCAGUGUUUUUAAGCUGCUGAUGAUCCAUAAGGUAAAGCUCGAGAGCAACUUUGCCUCCAUUGUGUUCGCCAUCAUGGUGCUGGAGGGGCUUGGCCGCUCGCUGGACCCCAAGCUGGACAUCCUGGAGGCAGCAAAGCCCUUCCUGCUCAGAGGAGGAGGGUUCCUGUGACUGUGGCAGUGGGCACACAGUGAAGGCAGAUCCUGACAGUCUGUCCUGUGGCAGCUGAGACAUCUAAAAUUGGGAUGUGUGGCAGAAAUGUUACUAAUUACCCGGUGACCUAGCUUCACGGUCUGUUUGAAAAAUUUGGGGUUAUUUAGGGUACAAAGGAGGGGAGCCGAAACUGGUGCCAGAGACACCAUUUCAGGAAAAGACCCUGCAGAAGAAGACAAAUACAUUUGUUUUUCUGUUUUC